UUGCGCGGUCGGGGUGUUUCCGGACGUCGAGCGUAGCCCGCAACAGUCGCGAAGUUGAAAGCCCUCUCUGCCUCUUGCCAUGCAAUUUUGCUGGCAUGAGAUAAAGAGCGGAGACGGGAAGAAGGAAAACAGACGGCCACAGAUCGGAAAAGAGCCACGUGAUGGCUUGUGGUAACUCAGGAGAACAGGCACAAGUUGGAGGGGCGGCGACGCAGCGGUGAUGAGGGAGGAGUCAGCCCACGGAGUCUCCUCCUUGCCGUCUACUUCGUGCCGCUGGAGGUGUGACAGCCGAGAGCUCUACAGCUGACAGGCGGAGAGCGCGCAAGACUCGCGUGGACUGGCGACAGCAGCAAGUCGUGUCCCCCUUCCCUCGCCAUGCAAGCAGCCCCUACCGGUCCGAGGGGAGGUGGCCUCUUCCGUACCUCCACCACUGCCCUCCGUGGCCACCGAGAAGGCGGUAACGCAGACGGCGUCGAGGAUGAUUGACUGAGCCUUCGCCGCCGGACUGCGGAACAAAGGAACUCCCGCCGAAGACGAAAAAGCGGCGCGGGGAGCCCGAGGCGCGCUCCUUCCCCGCUUGAGAGCGAGAGGCUGAGCGCUUCGCCCUGGAGCCUGACGGCAGGACUUCCAGCGUGCUUCUCCCAGUCCCCUUUCCUUUUCUGCUCAGACGGGCGCAGAGAAGGGCCGAGAGGACCAGUUUCCCCCUUGCCAUGGCGCUUGGCGGCGCGGGGGAAGUGGGGCUCCCUCGUGUGCCGAGGGUCGCCUAGUGAACCAGCCGCCUUUGCGGGAGAAGAGGAGGGGGACUUCUUUUUCUCUCAGAUGAGUUUGAGGCGCUUUAGGGGACGCUGUCUCUGCCUUACCGGCGGCCGGUCCGCUGCUUCCGCAGGAAUGCGGAUGGCCUCCUUCAAGCCCCCCAAAUAGCCCGCCCAAGCGCAACACUCCAUGCCGCGCGCCUCCGCCUGAGGGAUGCUUUCCAACUCCGGGGCAGCUUUUUGACGUGAGCUGGUGCGGGUCCCCUUUCUAACGGGGAAAGGAAGAACCGCUUCCCGCCUGUCCCCUCCAGAGGGCGCUCUGUUUUCCGAGGCGGGGGGGGGCCGCUCGCGCCAGCUCCACGAGGCUUUUCUCCCGCCAUGGCCUUCACUUUUGCUGCUUUCUGCUACAUGCUCUCCUUGGUUCUUUGCGCCGCCCUCAUCUUCUUCGCUAUCUGGCAUAUAAUAGCAUUUGACGAGUUGAAGACAGACUUCAAGAGUCCCAUAGACCAGUGUAACCCAGCACAUGCGAGAGAGCGGCUGAGAAAUAUUGAACGAAUCUGCUUUCUUUUAAGAAAGCUAGUAUUGCCAGAAUACUCCAUCCAUAGCCUUUUCUGUAUAAUGUUUCUGUGUGCUCAAGAAUGGCUGACCCUUGGUUUGAAUAUUCCUCUGCUUUUCUAUCACUUCUGGCGGUAUUUCCACUGUCCAGCAGACAGUACAGAACUAGCAUAUGAUCCACCAGCAGUAAUGAAUGCAGAUACCUUGAGUUACUGCCAAAGAGAGGCCUGGUGUAAACUAGCUUUCUAUCUGCUCUCGUUCUUCUAUUAUCUUUACUGCAUGAUCUACGCCUUAGUGAGCUCCUAAUUCAAAGAUGCCGCCAAAAGCUGAAAACAACAAAGGAUGCAGAGGAAAGACAAGCUAGCCUGCAGUGAGGCUUGAUACAUAAAGCACAGUAAAGAGAUGGAAGCUUUGAACCCAGCAGCCAUGCAGGAUGUAAAAGGGAAACAUGUGGGAAAAACCCCUUAGGGAGGAUAGUUGAAUGCAGAAGUGGAGAAACUUGGAAGUGACAGAAAGCUGAGCAAACUGCUUCUCUCUCUUACCUCUUAGUGUUUUACAAUCUUUGGAUUUAUGAUUUCUCUGUGUAAACAAAACAGUAUGUGUUUAUAAAGUUAAAAGUAGCUAUAUUUGAAGACAAUUUCAUUUGUGUGUAAUAGAAGAGAAGGUUUGUCACAUUAAUUUUUUGCAGGAGAACAGCAAGUUCUGCAACAAAGAGAAUUGUGUCUCAUAUUCUUUCUUCAC